AUAAUGUAUAAUCUUUAGAAACUGAAUUCUCUAGCUGUACAUGAGACGGAUUUUAAUUGGAAAAAGAGUAUAUUUUCCGAAAUCUCUGGAAAGCUGCUUCAAAGGCUUUGCCAAUAGGACAAGCGUUAGUAGUUUGGUAAAUGAUGUCUUGUACAAGCGUGGUGGCCAGCAAUGAAGACAACGCUGUCAAGAGCGUUCGAGGCAUGCUUUCCUUCCUUGAAUGUUUUCUCGACGACAAAAGCUUCCUCUGUUCUUGAUCAUGUAAUCCGGUGGUGUAAAAUGAUCAUUUGCACAAAAAAGGAAGAUCCACUUACGAUUGCACUACCAUCAGCUUAAAGUCUAAUUUAUAUUUGUUUUACAAAGUCCAAUUUAUAUUUGUUUUAUAGAGUUAAUAAUUGACAGAAUCUACUAUGCUUAAAGACCACAAAAAAAAAAUUAAAGUGAAUAAAGAAUCUUUUUUUUUUCUACACUCUUAUUACUUCCUCAACCACACCUUGCUAUUGCCACUACUCUUUUAACACAAGUGGGGAUAUUUGUCAUUAUUCCUUCGUUAAAAGUGAUAUCACCUAUGAUAACAAAGCUCUUAUACUUCUUGAAUCACUCCUUGCUACUGCCACAACUCUUUUUAACACAAGUGGAAAUUUUUGUUAUUACUCCAUCACAACAAUUGACAUUGUUUUUCUUUUUUUUUGUAAAUUAACAAUUGACAUUGUUGAUAUCACAAAUAAUAACAAAACUAGCCUUCAAAAAGCAAUUCUGAUACUGUACGAUUCUGUUUCCAUCAUUCAUUCUCUCAAGCUCAUGUGAGGCGCAGAAGUAAGUCAGAAAAUGGAGAAUGCUGCAGAAGCGGUGACGGUUGUCCAACAGGAUGAAGAACGUGAAGUAGAGGGACUAGGGCAGCCACAAAACCCACCGCCACCCGUACGACGUCGUUUCAUUAUAUCUCUUUACGUUGGAUAUUUUCUUGCAAGAUGGGGUGCCAGAACUUGGGAAUUCUCAGUUGCUUUGUAUAUGAUCUACUUGUGGCCAAACUCUCUGCUUCUUGCGGCCAUAUACGGUGCGAUAGAGUCAGGUUCAACUGCGAUCUUUGGCCCCAUUGUGGGGCGAUGGAUCGAGGGAAUGGACUACGUUAAAGUUCUUAGACUCUGGCUCUUAUGUCAGAACCUCUCCUACAUCAUUGCUGGUGGUGCAGUCAUCAAGUUGCUACUAGAUUACCAUCUUAAACCCCGGAACAUCCCGGUCUUUGCAACCUUGGUUGCGUUGACAAAUGUUGCUGGGGCCAUUGGUGUGCUUUCCACACUUGGUGGCACCAUCUUGAUCGAACGAGACUGGGCUGUGGUUAUGUCGGAAGGUCAUCCACCAGCGGUAUUGACAAGAAUGAACUCUGUCAUUAGAGGCAUUGAUUUGAGCUCAAAGCUAUUGUCUCCAGUCAUCACCGGUCUCAUCAUUAGCUUUGUCUCACUGAAGGCAUCAGCCAUCACUUUUGCAUUUUGGGCCACUAUAACCGCUUGGGUUGAGUAUUGGCUCUUCAUAUCUGUGUAUAGUGGUGUUCCUGCGAUAGCUCAAAGCAAUGAGAGACGGAUCUUGCGUUCCAUGACAAAUCCAGUAGAAGAAACAGAUGCACCUGUUUCUGUUUCUAUUGUCCGCGGGACCGAGGAGGGUAACCCACCACGUAGAACCGCAAUGCUGAAGGUCUUUGAUAGAGUAUCCAAAUCCUCUUUUGUUGGUGCGUGGAGAGUUUAUAUCAAACAAGAAGUUGUACUCCCAGGGGUUUCACUAGCUCUCUUGUUCUUCAACGUCCUCAGCUUUGGAACAUUGAUGACGGCUACAUUGCAGUGGGAAGGGAUACCUACAUAUAUCAUCGGUAUAGGCAGAGGAAUAAGUGCCACGGUUGGACUAGCGGCUACAGUCGUCUAUCCUCUAAUGCAAAGCCGUAUCUCAACGCUGAGGACCGGUCUCUGGUCAUUCUGGUCUCAGUGGAGCUGCCUUUUGGUAUGUGUUGGAUCGAUUUGGGUUAAAAGGGAUAACGUAGCAUCUUACAUGCUAAUGGGUGGAGUUGCUGCUUCAAGGCUUGGCUUGUGGAUGUUUGAUCUUGCCGUCAUCCAGCAAAUGCAGGAUCAAGUUUCAGAAUCCGACCGUUGUGUGGUUGGAGGAGUUCAAAACUCUUUACAAUCGGCUCUUGACUUGAUGGCAUACGUACUAGGUAUCAUUGUAUCCAAUCCAAAGGAUUUCUGGAUAUUGACGAUCAUCUCAUUCUCCACAGUUACGUUAGCAGGAUUAAUCUAUACAGUUCAUCUCUACCGAAUCCGUAACCAUAUCUUUCACUUUGAGAAGAUUCCUUUAUUGAGCAAAUGUUUGUUCAAGUUUAUACUUCCUUCUCGUGGAGAAACAUGAAUAAAUAGUGUGGUAUACGUCAUACUAUUUCUCAAACAAUGAUAAUCAAUAUCAAUAAGAUUUGGCUUUUAA